AUUUUAUUGACGUGACAAUCGUGACAACUGACGGAGACAAUGACCGACUGCGGAUCUGCCCCCAAUAAAUAAAAUUUUAUAAAAAAAAUAUUUUUUUCAUACUACAACUAACUGAUAUAUUUUGUUAUAAAACAUUGUUGGUAAAUAAUACAUUUUCGUGACAAUUCAGGAGGAAGGCCAUGCCGGCAGUUCGGGGAGAUGGCAUGCGAGGGUUAGCUGUAUUUAUUUCAGAUAUUAGAAACUGUAAAAGUAAAGAAGCAGAGAUAAAGAGAAUAAAUAAAGAACUAGCUAAUAUUCGAAGUAAAUUCAAAGGUGAUAAGACUCUAGAUGGAUAUCAGAAAAAGAAAUAUGUUUGCAAAUUGUUAUUUAUAUUUUUACUGGGCCAUGACAUUGAUUUCGGACACAUGGAAGCAGUCAACCUAUUAUCAUCUAAUAAAUACUCCGAGAAACAAAUUGGAUAUUUAUUUAUAUCAGUACUAGUCAACACUAAUAGUGAACUUAUCAAACUCAUAAUCCAAAGCAUUAAAAAUGAUCUUGGAUCAAGAAAUCCUAUCCAUGUCAACUUGGCACUACAGUGCAUCGCUAAUAUUGGUAGUAGAGAGAUGGCAGAGGCAUUUGGAAGUGAAAUUCCCAGAUUAUUAGUAUCAGGGGACACAAUGGAUGUUGUUAAACAAAGCGCAGCACUGUGUUUGUUGCGUUUAUUUAGAACAUCACAAGAUAUCAUUCCUGGAGGCGAAUGGACUUCUCGAAUUAUUCAUUUAUUAAAUGAUCAACAUAUGGGUGUAGUAACUGCGGCUACAAGUCUGAUAGAUGCACUGGUAAAGAAGAAUCCCGAAGAAUAUAAGGGAUGCGUCUCCCUUGCUGUAUCUAGAUUAAGCAGGAUUGUAACAGCAAGUUACACAGAUCUGCAGGAUUAUACAUAUUACUUUGUUCCAGCACCUUGGCUCUCUGUUAAAUUAUUAAGGUUAUUACAAAACUAUACUCCUCCAGCUGAAGAUCCCGGUGUUAGAGGAAGAUUAAAUGAAUGCCUGGAAACAAUACUGAACAAAGCUCAAGAACCUCCAAAAUCUAAAAAAGUACAACACUCGAAUGCUAAAAACGCAGUUCUUUUUGAAGCGAUAAGUCUGAUAAUUCAUAAUGACAGUGAGGCAAACCUUCUUGUGAGGGCUUGCAAUCAACUCGGACAGUUCUUGAGUAACAGAGAAACAAAUUUAAGAUAUUUAGCCCUAGAAUCCAUGUGUCACUUAGCCACUUCAGAAUUUUCACACGAGGCUGUCAAGAAACAUCAAGAAGUUGUCAUAUUGUCAAUGAAAAUGGAAAAGGACGUUUCAGUCCGUCAGCAAGCAGUCGACUUGUUAUAUGCAAUGUGCGACAAGAGUAACGCUGAAGAAAUUGUACAGGAAAUGUUGAAUUACCUCGAAACAGCUGAUUAUUCUAUUCGGGAGGAAAUGGUUCUCAAAGUAGCUAUUCUUGCUGAGAAAUAUGCUACUGAUUAUACUUGGUAUGUAGAUGUAAUUUUAAAUUUGAUCAGAAUUGCUGGAGAUUAUGUAUCAGAAGAAGUUUGGUAUCGUGUAAUUCAGAUCGUCAUAAAUAGAGACGAGGUACAGGGAUAUGCUGCUAAGACGGUAUUUGAGGCUUUACAAGCACCAGCGUGCCACGAAAACAUGGUAAAAGUGGGUGGAUAUAUUCUUGGGGAAUUUGGAAAUUUAAUAGCGGGAGAUCAAAGAUCCUCUCCGCUAGUACAGUUCCAACUUCUUCAUUCAAAAUACCACUUGUGUUCUCCUAUGACUCGUGCUUUGCUGCUAUCAACGUACAUCAAAUUCAUCAAUCUCUUUCCUGAAAUCCGUACUCAAGUCCAAGAAGUUUUCAAGCAACACAGCAACUUGAGAUCGGCUGAUGCGGAAUUGCAGCAAAGGGCAUCUGAAUACCUGCAGCUCAGCAUCAUUGCCAGUUCUGAUGUGCUGGCUACUGUUUUGGAAGAGAUGCCCGCGUUUCCGGAGAGAGAAAGUUCAAUUCUAGCUGUGUUGAAAAAGAAGAAACCUGGUAGAGUGCCAGAAAAUGAAAUUAAGGAUAACAAGAGCCCUACUCCGGUUAACAACAAUCAUGCAAAUGAAGUUAAUAACACUAGCUCAAAUUCCGCAGAUUUGUUGGGACUAUCAACCCCACCGACUUCUAUACCAAAUUCUGGUAAUACCGGCGUACUGCUGGAUGUUUUCGGCGACAUCUAUAGUGGCAAACCAGCAAACAACUCGACGUCAUCGGCAUCUAAUAGAAAUUGGUUUGUAGAUCCUAAGAAUAGAGACAACCUAGGGGUCAAUAAUACAGGGGAAACUAUCAGAAAACGAAUCAGGGAGAAGAAUCAUUAUGAAGAUUCAUUGUUUGUCUGUAAAAACAACGGUGUGCUGUUUGAAAACGACUUGAUACAAAUCGGAGUUAAGAGCGAAUUCAGGCAAAAUUUAGGACGUCUUGGACUGUUUUAUGGGAACAAAACUAGCGCUGCGUUGCAAAAUUUCUUCCCCACGUUACAAUGGUCGGAGGAAAACAACGUGAAAUUGAGCAUACAGAUGAAGCCUGUCGAACCUGUUUUGGAAGCCGGUGCUCAGAUACAGCAAAUGAUUAAUGCUGAGUGUGUGGAUGAUUAUACAGACACACCUAGUAUUGCUGUGAGUUUUGUUUGUAACAAAGUACCGCACAAAAUCAACAUCAAACUUCCUCUCACCAUCAACAAAUUUUUUGAACCGACAGAAAUGAAUGGCGAAUCGUUUUUCGCAAGGUGGAAGAAUCUUGGAAACACAAACCAGCAACGAUCUCAAAAGAUAUUCAAAGCAACUGCUCCCAUGGACCUACAGGCAGCUAAAACAAAAAUCGUCGGAUUCGGAAUGCAACUGUUGGAAGGCAUCGAUCCAAAUCCGGAUAAUUUUGUAUGCGCCGGUAUUAUCCACAUGAGAUCACAGCAAGUCGGCUGCCUUUUGAGAUUAGAACCCAAUAAGAAUGCUCAGAUGUAUAGGCUAACUGUUCGGUCUAGCAAAGAAUCCGUUUCAGUUGAACUUUGUGAUCUCCUAGCUGACCAAUUUUAAAAAAAGAAUAUAUGAACACAUCAGUGUAUACUAUACUACUAUAGUUAAUUUAGUUAAUACAUUUGUAAGUGUGCUAAAUUAUUUUGACCGUGGGUCAUAGUCCAACAGCUUUAUUAAGUUAAAUAUGUGUAAAAUAUAUAAAUAUAUAUAUAUAUAGUCGCCGAA